AUGGAUGAGUCAAACAUGACGUCAUUGGCCACUGGGGAGUCCGUGAAUGCCUCCACCGGCUGGAAUGUCUCCACAAGACCUUCACUCCAGGAGAUCCCAGUUGUGCACUGGGUCAUCAUGAGCAUCUCCCCACUUGGGUUUAUGGAGAACGGACUUCUCCUCUGGUUCCUGUGCUUCCGGAUGAGAAGGAACCCCUUCACGGUCUACAUCACCCACUUGUCCAUUGCAGACAUUUCAUUGCUCUUUUGCAUUUUCAUUUUGUCUGUUGAUUAUGCACUUGAUUAUGAGCUCUCUUCUGGUUAUUAUUAUACAAUUGUCACAUUAUCAGUGACUUUUCUGUUUGGCUACAACACAGGCCUCUAUCUGCUGACAGCCAUUAGUGUGGAGAGGUGCUUGUCAGUCCUGUAUCCCAUCUGGUACCGGUGUCAUCGCCCCAAGCACCAGUCAGCAUUCGUCUGUGCCCUCCUGUGGGCACUUUCUUGCUUAGUGACCACCAUGGAAUACGCCAUGUGCAUCGACAGUGAAGGACAAGGCCACCCUCGAAGUGAGUGCCGGGCAGUGAUCAUCUUCAUUGCCAUUCUGAGUUUCCUGGUCUUCACUCCUCUCAUGGUGGUGUCCAGCACCAUCCUGGUAGUUAAGAUCCGAAAGAACACAUGGACUUCCCACUCCUCAAAGCUGUACCUGGUCAUCACAGUCACCAUCAUCAUAUUCCUCAUUUUUGCCAUGCCCAUGAGGCUGCUUUACCUGCUCUACCAUGAGUACUGGUCAACGUUUGGGAACCUACACCACCUUUCUCUCCUGUUCUCCACCAUCAAUAGCAGCGCCAAUCCAUUUAUUUACUUCUUUGUAGGCAGCAGUAAGAAAAAGCGAUUCAAGGAAUCCUUAAAAGUGGUUCUCACCAGGGCUUUCAAAGAUGAAAUGCAACCGAGGCGCCCGGAAGACCGUGGUAGUACCACCAUUGAGACGGUUGUCUGA